UACAUGUCCAGGAGUAGGCUGCUGUGGGUCCCCCUGGACCUUUCCUAAAACGGAGGUCACCACUUACUACAUGAGACCCAGAGGCAUCUACUAAGACUGCCAGACUCCUCUGCCAGCAAUUCACCAUCACAAUAACCCCAGCCAACUCAGGAUGAGUGGCUUCCUCACCUCUCUCGACCCCCGAAGGGUUCAAUGGGGGGCUGCCUGGUAUGCCAUGCAUUCUAGAAUUCUGCGCACCAAACCAGUGGAGUCCAUGUUGGAGGGGACUGGGACUACCACAGCACAUGGCACCAAACUAGCCCAGGUGCUCACCACUGUGGAUCUCAUCUCACUUGGUGUUGGCAGCUGUGUGGGCACUGGGAUGUAUGUGGUGUCUGGCUUGGUUGCCAAGGAAAUGGCAGGACCUGGUGUCAUUGUGUCCUUCAUUAUUGCAGCUGUGGCCUCCAUAUUAUCAGGUGUUUGCUAUGCAGAAUUUGGAGUUCGUGUUCCUAAGACUACGGGGUCAGCCUAUACCUACAGUUAUGUGACUGUUGGGGAAUUUGUGGCCUUUUUCAUUGGCUGGAACCUGAUCCUAGAGUACCUGAUUGGCACUGCAGCUGGUGCUAGUGCUCUGAGCAGCAUGUUUGAUUCGCUGGCAAAUCAUACCAUUAGCCGAUGGAUGGUGGACACCGUUGGAACCCUCAAUGGCCUGGGAAAAGGUGAAGAGUCAUACCCAGACCUUCUGGCUCUGGUGAUUGCUGUCAUCGUCACCGUCAUUGUUGCUCUAGGGGUGAAGAAUUCAGUGGGCUUCAACAACGUCCUCAAUGUGCUAAACCUGGCAGUAUGGGUGUUCAUCAUGAUUGCGGGCCUCUUCUUCAUCAAUGGGAAAUACUGGGCUGAGGGCCAGUUUCUGCCCCACGGCUGGUCAGGGGUGCUGCAAGGAGCAGCCACAUGUUUCUACGCCUUCAUUGGCUUUGACAUAAUUGCCACCACUGGAGAGGAAGCCAAGAACCCCAACACAUCCAUCCCUUAUGCAAUCACUGCCUCCCUGGUCAUCUGCCUGACGGCAUAUGUAUCUGUGAGCAUGAUCCUAACUCUGAUGGUUCCAUAUUAUGCUAUUGAUACGGAAUCCCCACUCAUGGAGAUGUUUGUGGUUCAUGGCUUCUAUGCUGCAAAAUUCGUAGUGGCCGUUGGUUCCGUGGCAGGACUGACGGUCAGCUUGCUGGGAUCCCUCUUCCCAAUGCCAAGAGUUAUUUAUGCUAUGGCUGGUGAUGGGCUCCUUUUCAGGUUCCUGGCUCAUGUGAGUUCCUACACAGAAACCCCAGUGGUGGCCUGCAUUGUGUCCGGUUUCCUAGCAGCUCUCCUAUCAUUACUGGUCAGCCUGAGAGACCUCAUAGAAAUGAUGUCUAUUGGCACACUCCUCGCUUACACCUUAGUCUCUGUCUGUGUCUUGCUCCUUCGAUACCAGCCUGAGAGUGACAUUGAUGGUUUUGUCAAGUUCUUGUCUGAGGAGCAUACAAAGAAGAAGGAAGGCAUUCUGGCUGACUGUGAAAACGAUGUGUGUUCUCCUGUGAGUGAAGGGGAAGAGUUUUCUGGCCCAGCCACCAACACAUGUGGGGCCAAGAACUUACCCUCCUUGGGAGACAAUGAGAUGCUCAUAGGGAAGUCAGACAAGUCCACCUACAAUGUCAGUCACCCCAACUAUGGCACUGUGGAUAUGACCACAGGCAUAGAAGCUGACGAAUCUGAAAACAUCUAUCUCAUUAAGUUAAAGAAGUUAAUUGGGCCCCGUUACUACACCCUGAGGAUCCGGCUGGGCCUGCCAGGCAAAAUGGACCGGCCCACCGCCGCUACGGGACACACGGUGACCAUCUGUGUGCUCCUGCUCUUCAUUCUCAUGUUCAUCUUCUGCUCCUUCAUCAUCUUUGGUUCUGACUACAUCUCAGAGCAGAGCUGGUGGGCCAUCCUUCUGGUUGUUCUGAUGGUGCUGCUGAUCAGCGCCCUGGUGUUUGUGAUCCUGCAGCAGCCAGAGAACCCCAAGAAGCUACCCUAUAUGGCCCCCUGCCUCCCUUUUGUGCCUGCAUUUGCUAUGCUGGUGAACAUCUAUCUCAUGCUAAAGCUCUCCACCAUCACAUGGAUCCGGUUUGCAGUCUGGUGCUUUGUGGGUAUGCUCAUUUACUUUGGGUACGGCAUCUGGAACAGCACCCUGGAAAUAAGUGCUCGGGAAGAGGUCCUUCACCAAAGCAUGUACCAGCGCUAUGACGUCGAUGACCCCUUCUCAGUGGAAGAGGGUUUCUCUUAUGCCACCGAGGGUGAGAGCCAGGAAAACUGGGGUGGGCCAUCUGAGGACAAAGGCUUCUAUUACCAACAGAUGUCAGAUGCAAAGGCAAAUACCCGGACAAGUAGCAAAGCAAAGAGCAAAAGCAAACACAAACAGAACUCAGAGACCCUGAUUGCAAAUGAUGAGUUAGAUUACUCUCCAGAGUAAGGGCUCUCUCAAAAGAAAGGCUAGAAAUGGUGAAUUCUUUUCAGUAACUUAACCUGUGGGCUAGGAGGUGAAAACACUUUUU